AUGUUACAACUUCGAGAAGUUAUGGGGGAGAAUGAGGUAUACCUGUCUUCUCGUGGCGUGCAGGGAUUGACCGUGAGCGUCGUUCUCACGAGUCUCGCAACCUGCUUUGUGGGAAUGAGGAUGUAUACCCGGAUCAAGCUCAUGGGGCGUGUGGAAGCAAAUGACUGGAUGGUCGUCAUCGCCUUGGUCAAUUCAUACGUUUUCAUGUGCUUAGAUAUUGUCGAGGCUGUCAGUGGCAUGGGCAUGCAUUUUAUAGACAUCCCACCUCACAUUUUUGAACGACAAAUGAAGGCAUUCUGGCUCACAAUCCCCUUCUACAACGCCGCCGUCCUUUGCGCCAAAGCCUCGAUUUUAAUGCAAUAUUUCCGAGUCUUUCCCACCCAGCGAAUGCGGGUGGUUUGUUGGAUCAUGAUCUCGAUCCUGGGCAUCUAUGGCACCUGGGCAGUCCUCAGCGCAUUCCUGAACUGUAUCCCGGUCGCGAAGUUCUGGGACGACUCAAUCCAAGGCUCCUGUUUGAGCAAGACUGCUCUCUGGUUCUCAAAUGCCAGUAUGCAUAUUGCAACAGAUCUUGCGAUUCUGAUCAUUCCUAUUCCAGCCCUAAUUGCAGUCGACUUGCCACGCAGGCAAAAGUUUGCUUUGAUGAUCAUGUUCGCCCUGGGUGGAUUUGUCUGCAUCACCAGUAUCAUUCGCCUAGUCAGUUUGAAAACUAUUUCCGAUUCCUUGGACCCAACCUAUGACAACGUCGGCGCUGCCUCCUGGUCUGCAAUUGAAUGCAACACGGGAAUCAUUUGCGCUUGCCUACCCACCCUCAAGCCGCUCAUCGCCCGUCUCUUCCCAGGAAUGAUCACCACAUUCAGCGCAAGCAGACCCACCCACGACGACACAACACAGCGCAUCUCUACCUGGAACGGCGAUGGCUCAACCCUUGGUGCACCAGGUGAAGACCCAGAGUAUGGUGCUGGAGACCCCGAGCGCAUUCUCGAGCUUGUGCCCGGACGUGAAUACAAAUAUUCCCAAGCUGAGGUUUCGGAACAAGUGAAGGGAAUGACUCAGGUCAAUCCUAUGCCUGCUCCCCAAAUACGAUCAAAUCAUCGUGUAAAUUAUUCCACAGACUCACACUCCUCAUUUCAUUGA